AUGACGGGGACGCGGAGGCGAGAGGGCGAUCUGCGCUGGAUGCGGGGACGCUGCCACGUGGGAAGAGCAGAUUGGGGUGAGUCUGUCACCCGAGCACCACCCUUGUUGCGCCACGCUGUGGGCACUCCGCCUGGGGGGGGAGGCGCGCAGGGCGCAGCCGUGGCGGGUGGGGGGAAGGCGGAGGGUGCCAGGCGCGCCAGGAUUGGCGGAGGAGCCGCGGAUGGGCGCAAGCAGGCGGCUGGGGGGGCAGCUGAUCAUGGGCAUACUGCUGCUGCUGCGGCUGCGGCUGCUGCAGGGGGGGAACGGGGAGAGGCUGCGAAGCUGGGUGUGGUGAAUGGUGGCGAAGGUGGCGGAGGUGGCGGGGUUGGUGUUGGUGUGGGAGAGGCAUGGAGGCCCCGUGUGGGGGAGCGUGUGGGAGCAGGGGAGGAGGGGAAGGCGGAGGAGGGGAAGGCGGAGGAGCAUGCGGGGUACGAGCGAUUCCCAGUACGUGCAGGUGAGGGAGGCAUACGGGCUGCAUCUGCUGUGUCAGAGUCACUUUUGAGAAUUCUCCUAAGGUUCCCCGUGCCCCUUCCCCCACUUUCCCUGUGUCUCAGCGAUUCCCAGUACGUGCAGGUGAGGGAGGCAUACGGGCUGCAUCUGCUGGCGCAGGCGGAGGCAACUUGUGAGUCGACUCAAGAGUCCCCUCCUCCUUCCCCCGUCCCCUAUUCCCCGCCCCGCCGCCCCCUGUGUCCCAGCGACCCCCAGUACGUGCAGGUGAGGGAGGCGUACGGGCUGCAUCUGCUGGCGCAGGCGGAGGCCAAGGUGGCGCGCUUCUUUGCCGCCGACCCCUUCCGCCACAAGUCGCACGGCCCGCUGCUCGACCACAGUGUGUGCGGGGUGCUAUCAGACCCAUGUGUCGUGCACGCCUUGCAAUCCGACUGCCUGUGGGACGGCUUCUGUGCGUGGUGCGGCAGCACAGACGUGUGCGUGGAUAGAGCCUCGCCCAUGGCCGCUGCCUGCUCGACCCACCUGCACCACCGCGACCUCACUCCAUAUCAAGACCGCAUCCUCAGGGAUGCAGCCAAGUAUGUGCGGGUGGCGGCAGGAGGGGAGAUGGAGCACCAUUCCCCCGCCAAGCAGAAACCACCACCUGCCAAUGCUGCUGCGGCUGCGGCGGCGGCCGCUGCGUUGGCUGCUGCUGCUGCUACUGAAGUGGAGAGCAGCAGCAACACGAGCAGCAAUGGGAGCGCUGACACCCCUUGCAAGAUCAUCAUCCCCGGUCACUUCCAGUUCCUGACUCUGGACUACGAUGAGAUGUACUGGCACUGGCUGCUCGAAAACUUCGUGCCAUUGUUGGCUGAUAUGCCCUAUGCACGCCUCAGGGACAUGCGCACGCACUUCAUCCUCACACGCAGCACCUCCACCCGUCACCUACCCUUCCUCGGCCUUCUCUCUCAGUCGUGCUGGCGGUCGCUAGAGGACAUGCAGGAGGGCACGUGUCUGGUGGAGGAGACCAAGGAGGAGCAGCUGCGAUUCAACAUGGACCACCCCUCCGCCAUGGCCUCUGCUGCUGCCCGCCUCAUCGACCGCACUGCACCGCACUUCGUCGUUGACCGCCUCAACCUCUCGCACAUCCCGGCUCCGUCCAAGCCACAGGUUCUCCUGGUGGCGCGGCGGCGGCGCCGCCUGCUCCUAAAUGAGGACUCAUUAGUAGCCGCCACGCGCGCUAUGGGCCUGCCCAUCUCCAUCGCCGUACUCGAAGAUCUCCCGCUCUACGAGCAGAUCCGGGCCGUCCGUUCCUGCGCCAUCCUGGUGGGCGUGCACGGGUCUGGGCUGCUCAACUCCAUGUUCCUGCACCCCGGCAGCGUUCUCGUGCAAAUCGUGCCCUACAACACCACCGGUGCAGACCGUUUCUACGAGCCGCAGGUUCGGCAGGCCGGAGGCUCGUACAUGGAGGUCCGGGUGAUGAACCGGAGCGACAGCGUGUUUCACUGGCACUUGGCGGAGGACCACGGGAGCAAGGUGGGGACGGCGGAGGAGAGAGAGCAAUUCCUGCAGCAAGGGCCAGACGUGCAGCGAGCCUCAGAUGUGUUUUUUAGCUUCUGGGUGAACCAGGAUGUGCAUGUGCCUGUUGGGGAGUAUAGGAGAGUUAUUGGUGAGGCUGUGGCUGCUUGGGAGCAGGGCCGGCAGCAGCAAAAGAAGAGGCCACGGAGCGAGGAGCAGCAGAGGGCAGGCUGGGCAGAGGAGGGGGAGGAGGGGGAUGCAGGGGUUGCAGGCGGGGAAGGGCGUGGUGUAAGGGAUGGCAGGGGCGACAGUAGAGAACAAGGAUAG